AUGUCGACCUCGAUCGAGCAACAGAUAGACGCGCUGCGGAACUACUCAGCUUGCGAUGUCUCUGAUGCACUUCUCAAACUCCAAAAACCAGUGGAGGGUGUCCCUGCGCGAGCGGGCUAUCUGGCUGAUUUUAGUAAUUUCUCCAUCUCUCUGUCUGCCUGUCUAUCAACGUUUUCUAAUCCAUCACGAUGCAUUAUCCCAGUGCCAUUCUCUCCCUCCAUCGGUCGAAAUGAGACUCUUCCUAAAAUCAUCGCCCCAGCCUCCACUUUCAAAUUCAUUGCCAAAUCUGGCAUUGCGGAUUCCUCCGACACCCAGGGGUUCCCUGCAGGCACGCACUGGGUUGACUGGGCCGAGCCAAACACUAUUGCGGUGAUUGAACAGCCUUCGGGACAGCAUUGUGCCGUACUAGGAGGUAUCCUGGCGUUGCGCAUGAAGACUCUAGGAGUCAAGGGGGCGGUGGUGAAUGGACGAGUUAGGGAUUUAGCGGAGCUAAAGGAGUGCCAAUUACCGGUCUGGGCCAAUGGAACCUCGACUGUGGGAACCGCCGCCGAAGCAAAGCCGGGAGCUCGCAAUGUCCCCGUCAACCUCGGAGGAGUGACGGUGUCUCCGGGCGAUAUCAUCUUCUGUGAUCCUUUGGAAGGCAUCGUCUCCAUACCGCGGGAUCUGCUACAUUCAGUGCUGGAACUGAUGCCGAAACUGGGCGCUAUGGAUGACAAGGUCAAGGAGGCUGUGGCUCAGGGCUCGUCCGUAUUCCAUGCAUUUCAGAAGUUCCGUACCAGGAUCUAG